AUGAUUCCUUCGAGCGACUUGGAAGUGGAAGAUCGUGGCCAUGAAGAUGAUGACGGCCGCGACAAUUUUCUAUCAUCUCAAGCUGCCAUGGACUGUGACUUACUAGACUUCGAACUGUGGUAUGAGGCGACCUGUGCUUCUAUAGAUCAGGCUCCAAGUCCACUGCCGCAGCAUCUGAGUCCAAGCGAUUGGGAGGUGCUCCUCAGUAUGUUUGACACACCUGGUGCCACUGGCAGUGCCGCCACUGCGGCUUGCCGUGAGAUGGCUGGUGGUCACGGUAGUCAGGGCCCGGGCCAGGACAUUGUAGCCUCGCUGCAGCAUUCUACACAGACACAACUCGGAGCCACGAGUGAUCAUAUUCACGAUGUACACUCUUCCGGGUCAUCAUCUGUACCGUUACAAUCAUCGAGUCGAUAUUCCCCUUACAAUUUCUCCGCCAGGCUUAAUGCUCCUCGCAACCGUAGCCGCAGGGCACACCUUUUCGCGGCUGCUGAUGGUGAUCUUAUGAUGGAGCAUGAUCACAACCUAACAGCAGAUGUACCAACUAUGUCAGCAUCACUACUUCCGCCUGCUCCGCCAUCACUGCUGCCCACCCCAGCAUCGCUACCACCUGCUCCAGCAUCGCUACCACCUGCUUCAGCAUCGCUACCACCUGUUCCAGCGUCACUACCACCACCUCCUACUAUAGGAUCGUUGACUACUAGUGCAAUAGAAUCCUCAUCCUCCCUCGCGGGGAGGUUCGGUCUCGAAGACCUACCACAGGUGAAAUUGGAGGCGAAAGAUAUUCUGAAACGGUCAACUUUUGACAAUUCCUUUUUGCUUUCAACGAAAGCAAGAACAAAGAAGGCGCUCGAAAGCCUUGCUACCGUUGUUGCAGAAUAUAAUAGUCCCGAACUUACCCAAUGGGCGAAUGGGUCCGAAGCGUCGAAGGAUGCCGAAACUAUCGCUCAUACCGUCAAGAACCUGAGGAAAAAAAUACAGGAUAUUGUCAGGAUCGCAGUUGUAUACGGCUACAAUUUACACGAGGCUUUGGCCACUCAACCCCAGGCUGAGAUAGUGCGUAUCAUCGACCAGCUUUUGGAUAACGAUGCUUUCCUGAAUGGAUCGAUCAAUGUGGGGGGACAAAUGAUAGUUGUACCAUUUGGCCACAGUGCAUUGCGAUACUUUAUCAAGCACAUCCUCUUCUACAACCUCAAUUUCCAACACUUUCGUUGGGACAUUGUUUCGGUGGGCACUUCAGGAACUGUCCACAGGAUAGCUGUGGACGAAGGGUUGUAUAAUGUCUACACAGCAUUGUCGAGCGAAGGGAGCGUCCGAAAGUCUGGUAUUGCCGCUUCGGCGAGCCGUCUCAAUGACAUGAUUGAAUUCCCCGACUCCCACUUUAGUGGGAACGGAGGGUUUUGA